UCACACGUUCAAACACAAUACUGCAUGGAUCUUGGAUGGAAAGACAUACACUGCUCCUUACACUCUUCUUCUUCUUCUUCUUCACUGAAUGCACAAGUUUCUGUCAUUUAAGAGCAUCCUAAAAAAAAAAAACACGUGUUUUAAAAUGGAAAUCUCUGACUGUAGGAAAUGUUGGAUGGUGGCAGCUGUGUUUGUGUCUGGACACCCCCAAAUCUCUUUUGAAGCUCUGGGCCAGCGAUGUUGGUUGCGUUUACAUGCCCCCUGGUCUUCACCUAUUGACUUACUUUAUUAAAUAAACGCCCCUGAAAUCCUUCCACCAAAGUGAGUCUUUAUAGGAUUAGACUUGCACAAACAGCCCUCCACCAGAGGGAUCUACUGCUAACUUCACUACCCCCUUCCUCGGUCGGGACGGAGCACUACUAAACAUUGACGUCACCAAACGGUGAGCUAAUGGAUGCAUCUACAGCUGUGACCCACCGGACUUUCCACCAAUGACACGCCUUACACCUGCUGCCAUGGGACUGUCCAUCCUCACCAUUUAAAACCUACCAACCAGCACAUAACACGACCAAAUAACCACCAACAGCUGUGGAAAGGAGUGAAUACGGAGACAUAUCUACUGCUUUAUGGAUAUGGAAUAAAAAAAAGAGCAAUACAGGAAUAAAUAAAGACAAAGGAAUCAAUUUCAGACGUUUUGUGCUCAAGAGCUCCUGAUAAACUCUGACGACUUACUGUAGUUUCUUGACUUGAUGGUGAAGAACUCCAGCUCUUCAGAGACACAAUGAAGUUUCUGCUCGUGUCUCUACUGGGGUUUAAUCUGGUCGUGGUCAUGGGGCACUGGUGUGAACGUGUGGUGGAGGAGAAGGUGGAGAGGUUGGUGUCCCCCCGUGUUCAGCGUGAGGUGGAAUGUUCCACCGUCUAUCAGUUCAACACUCAGGGCUGGCGGCUGGAUGUGGAGCGAAUGAGGCACGAACACGGAGGAGACGACGGCAUCGCACUUUAUUACAAGAGACAGGGACCUAAAGCUUCCUGUUACAUAUUCAAACCUCCAGACAUUGAGACAGAGACAAUGAACCGGACGGUCAGACAGUGUUGUGAAGGCUGGGCCGGACCUGACUGCUCACAGGGGGUUGGUGCCCGGGGUCAGUGUUUCUCCACCUGGACGUGUGAGGAGUUUCCCGGGCUUCAGAACUCGUCUCUGAUGGCUCUGGAGCAGUGCUGCAGUAACCUGUGGGGCUUAAGCUGGAGAAACGCAUCCGAUCAGACCUGUCUGUCCUGCACCUACACGCUCCUGCCAGACGUCAGCUCUUCUCCUGUGGUGCGUGGAGGGCUGUUUCGUGGUGUUCGUGACCCGCAGGCGUCUGGCACCUGUAUGAGCUGGGGCGGGACACACUACCGUACCUUUGACCGCAAACACUUCCACUUCCAGGGCAGCUGCACUUACCUGCUGGCCUCAUCCACUGACGGGACGUGGGCCGUGUACAUGAGCACAGAGUGUGAUCCUGUGGGACACUGCCAGAAGGGACUGCGGCUGAUGUUGGGUCUUGGCUUGGUGUCCAUACAUAAAACCAAUAUGACUGUUAAUGGUUUAACACUACCGCAGGGUGAACCUCUCUUCCAAAACGGAGUCAGCGUUCACUGGCUGGGUGACUUUGUGUUUGUGGAGAGUGGUUUGGGUGUCAGACUGAAGUUUGACAUGGAGAACACCGUCUAUCUGACGGUAACCGUUGAACACCUCGCUGCCACCAGGGGGCUUUGCGGCGUUUAUAACAACAACCCAGAUGAUGACUUCACUACCAGCAGUGGAAGUGUGUCUCAGUAUGCUGCCAGCUUUGGAAACUCAUGGCGUGUUCAAGAUCAGCAAGGCCAGGUGUGUAGUGAUGCAGCAGAGUUGGGUCACAGCUGUGAUCUGUCCAGUGACGUCUCUCUCCGGCGGGACGCGGAAACAGCCUGUCACCGUCUCAAAGAGACUCCGUUCUCACACUGCCAUCACCAGGUGGAUCCGGGUCCGUAUAUCGACACGUGUCUGUAUCUGUACUGCAGUGUGGAUGUGAAGGACAGAGAUACAGCUGUGUGUGACACGUUAGCCAGCUACGUGCGCGAGUGUGUGCAACAACACAUCAUCAUCCGCUGGAGGAGCGCCGGCUUCUGUGAGCGUGUUUGUCCGAGCGGUCAGGUGUUCUCUGACUGUGUGUCGUCCUGUCCCCCCACCUGCUCGUCUCCUCGUCCUCCAGCGUCGGGUCAGUGUCGGGACGAGUGUGUGGGGGGGUGUGAGUGUCCACCGGGUCUGUACCUGCACGCGGGUCAGUGUCUGCGACGGGACGACUGUCCCUGCUUCCACAGACGCCACAGCUACAGCGCAGGAGACGCCAUCAGACAGCGCUGCAACACCUGUGUGUGUCGUGCCGGUCAGUGGGAAUGCAGUGGAGAGAAGUGUGAAGCUCAGUGCGCUGUGAUCGGAGCGAUGCACAUCACCACCUUCGAUCAGAAGAGAUACGGCCUGCAGGCCGGCGACUGCCGCUUCACGGCUGUAGAGGAUUUCGUGGAUAAAAAGCUCUCUGUCAGCCUCAGCGGAGGACCGUGUGCAGGAGGAGCUGCUGGAUGUCUGAGAGAAAUGACGGUCACUGCGCUUCAUACGACAGUCACUGUCACAGAUACAGGUUCGGUGAUGGUGAACGGUCAGCGGGAGCUGCUGCCGGUGAUCACAGGAGAUCUGAUGGUCAGAAAGGCUUCGUCCAGUGUUCUGCUGAUCCAGGCGUUUGGAGCUCAGAUGAUGUGGCACCUGGACGGACCUCUGCUCCUCAUCACCCUCCAGCCGGGAUUCGCUCAUAAGGUUCGUGGUUUAUGUGGCACUCUGACCUGGAGUCAGCGUGAUGAUUUCACCACACCUGAAGGUGACGUGGAGAACAGCGUGGCCUCUUUCGCUGCCAAGUUCAGAACAGAUUCAUGCCCUCUGCCUUCAGCGGUGACCUCUGACCCCUGCGGGACACACACACAGCGCAGGCAGUACGCAGAGAGCGUGUGUUCUGUGGUUCACAGCGCUGUGUUUCAGGCGUGUCAUGAUGUGGUGGACAGAGAGCCGUACAUGCGUCUGUGUCUCAGUGAAGUGUGCAGCUGCGGCCCGCAGAACUCCUGCCAGUGCACCGUCCUCACCGCCUUCGCCCGGCACUGCGCCCAAGAGGGGGCGCCGGUCAGCUGGAGAAACCACACAUUCUGCUCGGUGCAGUGCUCCGGAGGGCAGGUGUAUCAGGAGUGUGGGCGUCUGUGUGGGACGUCCUGCGCUGAUCUGUGGGACGGCUGGAGCUGUGAGGAGCAGGAGGGCAGCAGGGUCUGUGUGCCGGGGUGUCAGUGUCCAGAUGGACUGGCUCAGGACGAUCAGGGUCAGUGUGUGCCAGUGGACAUGUGUCCCUGCAGACACGCAGACGCGCUCCAUCCCGCCGGGAGCACCGUACACAAGAGCUGCAACCGCUGUGUUUGUGCACGUGGCGUGUGGAACUGCACGGAUCUGUCGUGUCCUGAGGUCAAUCAGUGUCCAGGCUCUCUGGUCUUCUCUCCUCGAUCGUGUCUGAGGACCUGCUCCAGUCCGAACUCUCCUCUGGACGCGUGUGCUGAACCCGUCCACGGCUGCGUCUGUCCUGAGGGAACCGUGCUGCUGGGUGAUCAGUGUGUGAAGCCGGACGAGUGUCCGUGUCACCACAACGACAGACUUUAUUUCACCAAUGACACCAUUUCUAAAGACUGCAACACUUGUGUGUGUCGUGAGCAGCGCUGGCACUGCGGUCAGUCGUUGUGUUCUGGCACCUGCGUGGCCACCGGUGACCCUCACUACAUCACGUUUGACGGCCGUUAUUACUCUUUCCUGGGCGACUGUGAGUAUGUUCUGGUGCAGGAGAGCAGCGGUUUGUUCAGCGUCAGCGCCGAGAACGUGCCCUGCGGCAGCACAGGAGUGACCUGCACCAAAUCUGUCACGCUGACCGUGGGAAACACGGCCAUACACCUGCUCAGAGGUAAAGCUGUGAUGGUCAACGGGGUUCCUGUGACUCUUCCAAAGUUGUAUUCGGGCAGUGGUUUGAUUCUGGAGCAGGUCGGGUUAUUUGUGUCCCUCUCGUCUCGACUCGGGGUCACUCUGCUCUGGGAUGGAGGAAUGCGUGUUUAUGUCCGGCUGAUGCCUCACUUGCGUGGCCAAGUCGAAGGAUUGUGCGGAAAUUUUGACGGAGAUGCAGAAAAUGACUUCACCACAAGACAAGGCAUCAUGGAAUCCACUCCAGAACUGUUUGGAAACUCCUGGAAGAUCAGUCCGUCGUGCCCUGAUGUCUCAGACCAGGAUCUCCGUGACCCCUGUGUUAUGAACCCUCACCGGGUGACGUGGGCCAGAAAGAAGUGUGCGGUGAUCAGUCAGGAGAUGUUCAGCUCGUGUCACUCAGAAGUGUCAUAUCAGCAAUACUACGACUGGUGUGUCUUUGAUGCCUGCGGGUGUGACUCCGGCGGUGACUGUGAGUGUUUGUGUACAGCUAUAGCUGCGUAUGCAGAAGAGUGUAACCGCAGAGGAGCGUAUGUGCGCUGGAGGUCACAGGAACUCUGCCCGCUGCAGUGUGAGAACGGUUUGGUUUAUGAGGCCUGUGGUCCUGCCUGUUCUCCAGCGUGUCCCGGCACUCCUUCUGUGUCUGAUCCCCUCUGCAGCGCCCUCUCCUGUGUGGAGGGAUGUUUCUGUCCUCACGGCACUGUGAGACACGGUGACAUCUGUAUCCCUCCGUCUCAGUGUCCGUGUGAGUGGGAGGGAUCUUUAUUUCCCGCAGGAGCGACCGUCACUCAACACUGUCAGAACUGCACUUGUUCUGAUGGUUUGUGGUGUUGUGUUGGAUCUCCAUGUCCUCCUCCUUCUCUCUGUGAGGACUCAGAGUUCCUGUGCUCCGGCGGCUCUCAGCGCUGUAUCCCCUCGGUCUGGCUCUGUGAUAAUGAGGAUGACUGCGGGGACGGUUCAGAUGAGGUCUGUCCCUCCACCUGUCCUCCAGAUCAGUUCCGCUGCUCCGGUGGCGCCUGCUUACCGCUGGAGCUCAGGUGUGACGGUCAUCCCGACUGCACCGACCAAUCAGACGAGGACUUCUGUGCCCCGACCUCACCAGAACCCGGCUGUCCGGCCGGAGAGUUCAGGUGUGUGAACGGACGCUGUCUGCCGGCUCAUAAAGUCUGUGACGGGAGGCUGGAUUGUGGAUUUGCUGAUGAUUCUGAUGAACACGACUGUGGGGUGUUGUGCAGACAGGAAGAGUUCCGCUGUUCGUCGGGUCGUUGUGUGUUGUUCCUCCACCGCUGUGACGGUCACGAUGACUGCGGAGACUACAGCGAUGAGAGAGGGUGUGUGUGUGCCAUCGGAGAGCUGCAGUGUCCUGGAGAUCAGUGUGUGUCUGCAGAGAGAGUGUGUGAUGGUCACAGGGACUGUCCUUCUGGCAUCGAUGAGCUCAUCUGUCCUGUCAAAGGAUGCAGUCAGUUUGAGUUCGGCUGCACUAGCGGUCAGUGUGUGCCGUUAGCUUGGCGCUGUGACGGCGAGACAGACUGUCUGGAUGGGAGCGAUGAGAAACACUGUUCUCGCACAUGUCAGUCUGACCAGUUCCUCUGCCAGACCGGAGACCAGUGCAUCCAACACCAACAGCUGUGUGACGGGACGCCCCACUGCAGAGACGCCUCAGACGAGAGCGUGGACAACUGCGGUUCCACACGGAUUCCUCCCUGUCCGGGAAGUUUCUCCUGUGAUAACCGCACAUGCGUUAACAUUUCACGCGUGUGUAACGGGAUUCCUGAUUGCCCUAAAGGAGAGGAUGAGAUACUUUGCGAUAAAGUCAGUCCCACCACAGCGCCACCUGGUGAGAGAAAUGCCAGUCGUGUUUGUCCAGAGUUCACCUGUGCUGAUGGAUCCUGUGUGCCCUUCAACGCGUUGUGUAAUGGUGCAGCAGACUGUCCCGCAGACGCCUCAGAUGAGACGGGGUGUGGUGUCUGGGGUCCCUGGAGCUCCUGGAGCCCCUGCAGCCGAAGCUGUGGAUCAGGAACCAUGAGCCGACAGAGACGCUGCAGCCGCGAGGAUUCAGACGAACACUGCAGGGGAGAGAAAACACAGCGACAGCAGUGCUACUCCACCGCCUGCCCCGUCGAUGGCUACUGGCUGCCGUGGGUCACGUGGUCGAACUGCAGUGAAGGUUGUGGUGGUGUUGAAGUUCGUCAGAGAGAGUGUUUCCCGCCGCAGAACGGAGGCAGAACCUGUGCAGAACUACCUGGAGAAACUCACCUGACUACUGACAUCAAGCCGUGUCCUCAGGACGGCUGCGCUAACGUCUCCUGUCCUGCGGGCCUCGUCAGACAUAGCUGUGCGCCGUGCCCUUUGACCUGCGCUCACGUAUCCGGGGCAACAACAUGUGACCACAACUCCAGGUGUUUCACAGGCUGCUGGUGUCCUGAUGGGACGGUCAUGAAUCACGAGCAGCAGUGUGUUCGGCCGGAGGAGUGUGUGUGUGAGGUGUCCGGGGUUCGAUACUGGCCCGGUCAGCAGGUUAAAGUGGGCUGUGACGUCUGUGUGUGUGAGCGAGGACGAGCCCAGCGCUGUCACACCAACCCAGAGUGCUCAGUUCACUGUGGCUGGUCGUCCUGGUCUCAGUGGGGCGAGUGUUUGGGUCCGUGUGGAGUUCAGAGCAUCCAGUGGUCUUUCCGCAGCCCGAAUAACCCCUUAAAACACGGCAACGGCCGACAGUGCCGAGGAAUUUACCGGAAAGCACGACGCUGUCAGACGGAGCCGUGCAGGGAGUGUGAAUAUCGUGGACACACUCAUGUGGUGGGAGAGCGCUGGAAAGGCGGUCAGUGUCAGAUGUGUCAGUGUUUGCCCAAUCUCAUGGUGCAGUGCAUCCCGUACUGUCCUUACACUGCCACUGGAUGCCCACAGGUGUGUGUGUGUGUGUGUGUUUUUUGCAUUAACACAACAAUAACAACAACAACACAAAAAAUACCCCCAAAAAAACACUCACACCCCACACAACAACAGAGCCCCCCUACCACCGUCCCGACAUACCCUCUGCCACCUGCAGAUGAGUGUUGGUCCGCUCUGGGCGUUCUCUCGCUACCCGCCAGCAGCUUCAGCGCCUCGUCCCAUCAGCCCGGUCACCCUCCGUCAGCGGGACGUCUGCACACUCGGGACCCCCACAGUGACCUGCAGGGCUGGAGCCCGGAGCCGGAGGAGUACAGAGAGCUCCCGGCCGGGACCCCUGAGGAGCACAGACACUCGUCACGCGGGCCGUACCUCCAGAUAGACUUGCUCAGACACUACAACAUCACAGGCGUGUUGACGCAGGGUGGCGGCGUGUUUGACACGUUUGUUUCCAGCUUCUAUCUGCAGUUCAGCAGCGACGGACGUCAGUGGUUCACAUAUAAAGAGCUGAUCACAGACGCCAGACCCAAAGCUAAGGUGUUUCAGGGAAACCGUGAUGACCGUGGCGUAGCUUUGGCCCGUCUGGACCGGAUGGUGUCGGCUCGCUUCGUACGAAUUCUGCCUCAUGAUUUUCAGAAUGGAAUCUAUCUGAGAGUCGAAAUCAUGGGCUGUGCUGAUGGAACUCGUCCUGCUCCUACCAGAAGGCCGGCGGUCUGUGCAUCGGGUCAGUUCUCCUGUCCUCCUCCAGGAGGCUGCAUUGAGGCACAGCGCCGCUGUGAUGGAGUUCCUCACUGUCCUGAUGGAGCUGAUGAGAGAGACUGCACACACACAAAUAUUACCCACGUCACCCCCACCGCCGCCCCUCUCAGGACACCCAGCAAGAAGCCUGUGACCACUCCGAGUGCCCUGACCACCACUGAAGGAGGACCUGGUCAGAAAGGUGUCUGUUCUUCUGCUCUGGGAUUGGAGGAUGGGCGUGUCCAUUAUGGUCAGCUGACCUCGUCCUCAUACAGAGAGAAUAAUCCUGCAGACGCAGGCCGGCUCAACGUCGUACCCAAUGUGAUGGUGAUGGAGCCAGGAUGGAGUCCGUUACCUGGAGACCCUCAUCCGUAUUUCCAGGUGGAUUUCCUGGAGCCCACCUGGAUUUCGGGUGUGGUGACGCAGGGCAGUGAACGCAUGUGGGGAUACCUGAGCAAAUACAGACUGGCCUUCGCUUUGGUGGAGAACCACUUCAUCAACUUCACUGAGACUGGAGACAGAGGCUCUCCUCCGAAGAUAUUUGAGGUGAGGAUGGUCAGCCGGACGCCCGUCACACGCUGGUUGGACAGACUGGUCCGAGCUCGGUUUCUCCGGAUCAUUCCUGUAGAGUUUCGCCACACUUUCUAUCUCCGUGUGGAGGUGCUGGGCUGUAGAGGAGAUGAGUUGGUCACCCCUAGUAGUGAAGUGACCACAGCGCCACCUGGUGUACCAGGAUUACAGACCCCCACCGGCCCAACGGGACGUCCUGGUCACUAUAACUACACCUCUGGACGUCCAGGACUUCACACCAAGAGCCCACAGGACGGCAGCCCAGGAGUGGCUCCACCGGCCCUCAUCACAACAGCGCCACCUGCUGUCGGUCCGACGGGAGAACCGGGCGUUCAUGUUCUGACGCCUACGCCCUACUUCAACACGACAGGAUUCUGGGAUACAUCUACACCCACUGAUGAUGGUUUACCCAGAGUAGUGUGCGUGGAAGGACAGUUCGCCUGCAGGACGUUCGGUUGUGUGGAAGCUGCUCUUGUGUGUGACGGCCGUGAGGACUGUCCCGACGGAUCUGAUGAAGAUCACUGUGGGUCUGUCACACCCUCUCAGCGCCCCCUGGUGCCCAAACUCUGCUCCUCCAAGCAGUUCAGCUGCUGGAGCGGUGAGUGUGUGAGUUUGGAUAAGAGAUGUGACCUGCGCAGAGACUGUGCCGACGGCUCGGACGAGAGCGACUGCUUCGACUGUGUUCUGUCUCCCUGGACGUCCUGGAGUCAGUGCAGUGUGUCGUGUGGUCUGGGGUCACUUUUCCGUCAGAGGAGCAUCCUGAGAGACGCCCGGUCGGGCGGAUCCUGCGGCGGCGCUCAGUUCGACAGCCGCGCGUGUUUCCUGCAGGCCUGUCCUGUGGACGGUCAGUGGUCAGAGUGGACACAGUGGUCCGGUUGUGACGUCCCGUGUGGUGGAGGACUGAUGGUGAGGAACAGGACCUGCUCGAACCCUCCGCCCAAAAACGGUGGGAGAGACUGUGAGGGGAUGAGCAGACAAACACAGACGUGUAACACGCAGACCUGCGGCCCGAACACAGACACACAGAGCGGCUGCACCGGAGGAAUGAUCCUGGUGGAGGAGUCGGAUUGUUUGGCUGGAAACAAUCUAUACCCUUACCCCCUCACGCUCCAUUCAGAGAGGAACUGCACCUUAAACUGCACUAAGGGAUGUCGUUGUCCUCCUGGGCUCUUCCUGCAAGAGGGCCGUUGUGUCAAUGCCAGUAAAUGUGAGUGUUUGUGGGAGGGUUCGGUCAUCCAGCCUGGACAGGAAGUCAGUAACGGCAGCUGCAGCACAUGUGUGUGUAAAGAAGGUCGUGUCACCUGUGAUGAAUCCAGCUGUGUCGCUCGCUGUGAUUGGUCGGCCUGGUCUUCAUGGACGUCAUGUGACAGCAGCUGUGGGACAGGAGUACAGCACCGUUACAGAUCUCCUCUGAGUCCAUUGGGAGCGGUGAAUGUGGAGCCGUGUGAAGGAGACUCUACUGAAGCCCGGCGGUGCUACACGUCCUGCUCAGAGGGUCCUGAGGGAGUGUCGUGGAGCGAGUGGACGCCGUGGUCCGAGUGCAGUAAGACGUGUUUUCAGCAUGUGGACGCUGUGGGACUGAGGCGGCGCUUCAGAAGCUGUAAUCACACACUCACCGGAGCGUCCUGUGAAGGAGACGCAGAAGAACACGAGCCGUGCAACACCAUCCACUGCCCCGUGCACGGCGGCUGGUCGUCCUGGUCGAGCUGGUCUGUGUGUUCAUCUGAGUGUGACUCUGGUGUUCAGACGAGAGAGCGCUUCUGUAGAUCUCCUCCGCCGCUGUACGAAGGCUUCGCCUGUCCCGGGCCGCACAUACAGACACGAGACUGCAACGUCCAGCCCUGCUCCGGUGUGUGUCCAGACGGUAUGAGCUUCCUGUCUAAGGCUCAGUGUGAGGAUCAGGGCGGUGCGUGUCCGCGAGUGUGUCUGGAUGCCACGGCGGAUGUGGAGUGUGCCACUGAGUGUUAUGAUGGCUGUUACUGUUCUCCUGGAUUCUAUCUGUUCAACAACACCUGUGUGCCCCUCCACCGCUGCCCAUGUUACCAUAAGGGGGCGCUGUACAUGCAGGGAGACAGCGUGCCCAACGACAGCUGUAACAACUGCACGUGUGUUAAUGGAGAGAUGCAGUGUGGAACAGCGCCCUGCCCUGUGGAUUGUGGGUGGAGUGAGUGGACGGUCUGGAGCGCAUGCAGUCGCACAUGUGACGUGGGCAUCAGACGCCGCUAUCGUUCAGGAACCAAUCCAGCGCCGGCGUUUGGUGGCCUUUCUGUGAUCUUUGUGUUGUGUUCUCUGUGUUCAGGAGUGAAGGGCCCGUGGAGCCCGUGGUCCGAGUGUUCGGUUCCCUGUGGAGGAGGAUACAGGAGCAGAACCAGAGGUCCGGUCAGGACUCACGGGACGCCUCAGCAGUUCAGCGCCUGUAACCUGCAGCCCUGCGGGAACGGAAGCGCUUGUACAGACGGUCAGGAGUGGGCCGUGUGUGUGAGAGAGGAGCUGCUGUGCUCAGAUUUAGGGACGGAGGUCCAGAGAAACACCAGCUGUCUGCCCGGGUGCCAGUGUCCCGACGGAUCGGCCCUACAGGAUGGCGAGUGUGUGUCUCUGUCGCUCUGUCGCUGUCAUGUUGAUGGAGAGCAGCACAAACCCGGAGCCACAGUCACCAAAAACUGCAACAACUGCACGUGUGAAUCAGGAAAGCUGGUGGACUGUCUGAGUGUGGAGUGUGACGUGGAUGGCGGCUGGUCGUCCUGGACUCCGUGGAGUGUGUGUUCUGUGACGUGUGGUGCUGGUCUGCAGUCACACUAUCGCUUCUGUUCGGAUCCGGAGCGAGCUGGGAACGGACUGCCCUGUGUGGGACCGGACCGAGAGGACAGAGUGUGCGCUUCAACACCCUGCAGCCGAGACGGAGGCUGGAGUCACUGGACGUCCUGGACAGACUGCAGUAAGUCGUGUGGUGGAGGAGUGAGGAGCCGCAGACGGGACUGUGAUCAGCCCUUCAGAGGAGGAGACGGAGACUACUGUGAAGGACUGGGAACAGAAGUCAUCCUGUGUAACACACAACACUGUCCAGUGUCGUCAUGUGCACACGUGCCAGGAAGUGUGUUCAGCGCCUGCGGACCCUCGUGUCCACGAUCAUGUGACGACCUCACUUACUGUGAGUGGCGCUGUGAGCCGGGCUGUUACUGCACGGAUGGUAAAGUUCUGGACUCAAACGGGACGGAGUGUGGUACACAGAGACACCAGCCCCAUGUCCCUGACUGUACGCACACACAACAAAAAAAGAACGUCCCCACCUGUGAGGGAGGGAGACUCGUCUGCGGUGAACAGCCGUGUCCAGUGGAUGGAGGCUGGUGUCAGUGGUCCGAAUGGACGCCCUGCUCAAAGACCUGCGGGAUGGAGUGGGUGUCCCGCUACAGGAGCUGCGCCUGUCCUGAACCCAAAUCAGGAGGAGCGGCGUGUCCAGACCAGCAGGAGGAACACACCGGACUGGGAGUCCAGAUACAGAGACAGCCGUGCCCAUCCGUCUCCUUCUGCCCCGUCCACGGCUCAUGGGGCUCCUGGAGCUCGUGGUCAGACUGUGACGCGUGUGCAGGUGUGUCUGUCAGACAGAGGGAGUGUAACAGUCCUCCAGCACGCUUCGGCGGUCUGUCCUGCCUCGGAGAGAGUCGACAGAGCCGCGGCUGUCAUGAUAACAUCACCGUCUGCUCAGACUGUGAGGGAGGACAGGAGCAGUGGCCGUGUGGGAAGCCCUGUCCGCGCUCCUGCUCCGAUCUGCACGGAGACACCGAGUGUGUGGAUUCACCGGGAUGCAGCUGGACCUGCGGGUGUCCAGGAGACAUGCUGCUGCAGGACGGCCUGUGUGUGGACAGAGAGCAGUGCCGCUGUAAAUAUCACAACAUCAGCGCAGGAAUAGAUACAGGCAAUGUUUCCUGGUCAAGGCCGGAUGCAUCAGACUGGCAGCAUGUGGCUCCAGGAGAAACCAUCAGCACUGACUGUCAGAACUGCACCUGUGAAGCAGGUGUCCUUCAGUGUGACUCGGUUCCUGGUUGCCAUGUCGACGGCAGCUGGGGCCAAUGGGCUAACAUCCCAAAAUUCACGUGGUCAGCCUGCACCGUCAGCUGUGGAGGAGGGUCUCAGAGCCGUAGCCGAUCCUGCCGGACCACACCCUUCUCGCACAAGACACCACAGAAAAACACCUAAAACACAAAUAUUUGUUCAGAGGUGGGCUGUCCUCCAGGCCGUCUCUAUCGGGAGUGUGAGCGCGGUGAAGGCUGUCCGUUCAGCUGUUCUCAGGUCAGCGGCCACGAGGGCUGUUAUUCUGAGGGCUGUGAGGAGGGCUGCCACUGUCCGCUCAACACCUACCAGCACAACGGAUCCUGCGUUUAUGAGUGUCCAUGUCUGGUGGACACUGACUUCCUGAACUCUUUACAAAGCGUGUCGGCGACCCCUGACCUGACCCCUGACCUCCAGAACAUCACACUGGGGUCCGAGCUGCUGUCUGGAGAGGAGCUGAUGCAUGAAUGCAGUUCCUGCUCGUGUGAACAUGGACUGUGGAACUGCUCUCUGGCUCCGUGUCCCCGUGAUGGAGGUCUGUCUCCUUGGGGCCCCUGGGGCCCGUGUUCACUCAGCUGUGGGGGCCUCGGUCAGAAGACUCGCAGCAGAAGCUGUAACCAGCCCAGUCCUGCUCACGGGGGCCGAGACUGUGACGGGCCCCUGCUGGACACAACCUACUGCCAGACACCCGACUGCCCACUGGUACCAGUUCCGACAGAGGAACCAUCUUUACCAGACGAGGAUGCUGGUUUCUCUCAGUGGACGGCAUGGACUUCGUGCUCCAGAACCUGCAGUGAUCCAGCUUCUCCUGCUCUGAAGCUCCGUACGAGGAAGUGUGUUCUUGAACGCUGCUCUGGAGAAACCCGACAGGAGCAAGUCUGUAACCUGCCCCAGUGUCCUGAUGGUGGUGUGUGUCAGGGUCCUGAAUGCGCUCACAGGAACUGCUCCUGGAUGAAGUGGGGCGAGUGGAGCUCCUGCUCUCGCUCCUGCGCCGCCGUAAAUCACCAGCGCUUCCACAACAUCCUCGCCCCCAACGUCAAAAACACCUGGUGUCAGGACAUCCUGGGUGGCAACGUGGAAAACCGCUUCUGUAAUAUUCGGGCCUGCCGCGUGGACGGAGGCUGGUCUCGCUGGAGCUCUUGGUCCCGCUGUGAUAAAUCCUGCGGCGGUGGACGCUCCAUCAGGACACGCUCCUGUUCCAGCCCUCCACCCAAAAACGGAGGCCGCAAAUGCACAGGAGAGAAGAACCAUGUCAAACCCUGCAACACCAAACCCUGCGAUGAUGAGGGCUGUCCGGCGGGGCAGGAGUUUGUGUCGUGUGUUAAUGAGUGUCCUCAGCGCUGCUCAGACCUGCAGCAGGGCAUCGAGUGUCAGAGAAACACUGAGUGUCAGCCGGGCUGCCGCUGUCCUCGAGGUCAGUUGCAGCAGGAUGGCGUGUGUGUCCAGACGUGGCAGUGUGACUGUUUGGACGCGUUGGGUCAGAGCUGGGGCUGCGCAGACGGGCGGCUCACCUGCACCAAUCACACCUGCACAGGAGAACACAGCUGCACCUGGAGCUCCUGGUCCACCUGGGCCUCCUGCAGCUCCCUGCGGCUGGGCCUCCUGCCCACCUGCGGCCCUGGACAGAGGACUCGAUUCAGAUCUCUGGUUCCUGAGGAUGACGGUGCAAACUGCCAGUUCGAGGAAGUCCAGCACAAACCAUGUGACCUCGGCGCGUGUCCCCCGCUGUGUGUCCAUGAUGAGCAGGAACUGUCUGUCGGAGACACCUGGUUAGAAGGGGAAUGUAAACAAUGCACCUGCAUCCCUGAAGGAGACUAUUGCCAAAAUAUAGACUGUCGAGUGGACGGUGGAUGGACCCCGUGGUCUGUGUGGUCAGACUGUCCCGUGACGUGUGGGAAGGGUAAACAGAUCCGCACCCGCGCCUGUAUCAACCCUCCACCACGAAACAACGGCACCGACUGCACUGGACCUGAGAGAGACACCCGGGACUGUCACGCUGCACCUUGUCUUGAUGACCUUUGCCCCUGGUCCCCGUGGUCGUCCUGUUCGCGCAGCUGCGGCGCAGGCCUGAUCUCCAGACGCCGUCAGUGUGUGUGUGAGGAGACAGGAGAGCACGCUUGUCCUCCAGACGUCCAGAGGGACGCAGAGGAGACGCAACUGUGUUAUAAGAGACCCUGUCCAGCCUGUCCCAUGUCUGAAUGGAGCGCGUGGAGCGACUGCUCCUGUGUGUCUCAGUAUCAGCAACGCUUUCGUGCUCCGCUCAUCUCGGCCAGCGGUGGGCAGCACUGCUCUGAUCUCGAGAGACAGAGCCGGCCCUGCAAACCUGACAACUGCACAGAUUGUGAGAAACCCUUCCUGUUCUCUGAAUGUGGAUCUCCAUGUGAGAAACACUGUGAUCUGUUGGGUCAAACGCACUCGUGUUCGUCCCAGAACUGCACACCCGGCUGCUUCUGUGCUGAGGGUCUCCUGCAGCAGAACGGAUCAUGUGUCGGUCCGGAUCAGUGCGGCUGUGUCCAUCUCCUCCAUCAGGGCUCAGACAGACCUGUGGCCGUGACUGUCCCGCAGGGGGCGCUGCUGACCGUGGGCUGCAGAACAUGUCUUUGUCAUGACGGCUCUCUGCAGUGUGAUUUACGGGAAUGUGAAGUGAUGGUCAGCGAGUGGUCAGAAUGGACCUCCUGCUCUCCGUGUAUCCCAGCAUCCUCCGGCGGGAACGCUUCGGGGCUGGUGUCGCUCCAGCGGCGCUUCCGGGCCUGUCUGGACCUGGACUCUGGUCUGCCGGUCAGCAGGAGAGAGGAGGAGUGUGAUGAAGAGCUGGAGGAAGAGCGAAUCUGCCCACAGUCUGACAUCUGCACCGAUGUGUGUCACUGGAGCUCAUGGAGCGGCUGGAGUGUGUGUAAAGAUCCCUGCAGCGGAGGAUACCGGCAGAGAGAGCGCCGACCUCUGACCUCUGACCCCGGACCACACUGCAGGAACCUACAGACGCAGUCUCAGAGCUGCAACACUGGCCUCUGUCCCGGUGAGCAUUGUGAGGACAGGGGGCGGGUCUUUGAUGACUCCUGCGCCAAUCAGUGUCCCCGCAGCUGCGCUGACCUGUGGGAUCACGUCCAGUGUCUGCAGGGCACCUGUCAUCCAGGCUGCCGCUGUCCAGACGGCCGGCUCUUGCAGGACGGAGGGUGUGUGCGGGUGGACGAGUGUCGCUGUGGGCUUCCGCUGGAGAACGGGACGCUGGAGAUCCGACCCGGAGAGAACGUCACCGUCAGCUGCAACACCUGUGUGUGUGUAAACGGCUCUCAAACGUCUACCUAUCACGUAUACCACCUACGUCCCGUCUACGGUCCGUGGGGAUCGUGGAGUGAGUGUUCGGUGUCAUGUGGGACAGAGGGACAGAGGACACGCAGACGGUCCUGCAAACACACGACCGGAGGACCGACCUGUGCCAGCACUAUCCAGAGUGAAAGCUGCUCACUGCUGCCCUGUCCAGCCGGCUGUGUGGUGAGCGAGUGGUCAGCCUGGACUGACUGCAGCGCCUCCUGUGGUGGAGGAGUGUCACUGCGCAGGAAGACGGUCCUACAGGAGCCAGAGCCUGGGGGUCUGAGCUGCCCCGGACCCCUGGAACAACACACCGCAUGCAACACCAACAGCUGCCUGCCCGAUUGUCCUGCUGGUCAGGUGUUCAGCUCUUGUGCAGGAUCCUGUCCGUACAGCUGUGAGGAUCUGUGGCCCCAAAAUCAGUGUGUGCCGCUGACCUGCAGUCCUGGGUGCAGCUGCCCGCCUGGAGCUGUGAUGCUCAACGGAAGCUGCGUUCCUCAAUCCCAGUGUCCUUGUUCUGUUGUCUCGCUCCCGCUGAUGUCCCACAACCUCACCCAGGACCUCCAGGAACAGGAAGCUCCUGCAGGAACCGUCAUUCCAGACUCCUGCAACUCAUGUGUCUGUGAAGGUGGGAUCUUUACAUGCACUAACGAGUCAUGUGACGAGGACUGUGAGUGGAGCAGCUGGUCAGCGUGGAGCUCUUGCUCAGCGUCCUGUGGAUCUGGGCAGCAGUUCUCCAGCCGCUCGAUACGGCGCCAGCGGCAGUACGGAGGACAGGAGUGUGAGGGACCAUCACACACUUCACGAGUCUGCAGGGGCCCUGAAUGUGCAUGUCCAGAUGGUGAGCGUUGGCUCUGGAGUGAGUCCAGACUGGGGCGAGUGUGUGAGAGGGGGUGUUUGGACCUGUACAGCCCUGAACCACUCAACUGCACGGGCCCCGGAGCCACAGAGGGCUGUGUGUGUGAGGAGGGCCGGUAUCGGAGCCUGGAGGGCCGGUGUGUGAUUCCAGCACUGUGUCAGUGUGAAGAGGAAGACGGGACGCUUCGAGAGCCGGGGUCCGAGUGGGUGGACGGCUGUCAGUCCUGUCGCUGUAUCAAUGGCCAGAAACACUGUCAAUCAAACUGUCCUCCCCUUCACUGCUCUGAGGGUGAAGUGAAGGUGCUGGAAGCGGAGAGCUGCUGUCCCGUGUGCCGCAGAGAGUUUCCAGAGGAUCCGGUUGCCGAGUGCCGUCGUUACACUGAGGUCAGGAACAUUACCAAGGGCGACUGUGGCCUGGACAACGUGGAGGUCAGCUUCUGCAGAGGGCGCUGUUUGUCCCGGACCGAUGUCAUUCUGGAGGAGCCGUAUCUGCAGGCGUUCUGUGACUGCUGCAGCUACAGGCUGGACCCGCAGAACCCUGUGCGCUUCCUCAGCUUACAGUGCGCCAGCGGAGACGUCGAGCCCGUCGUUCUGCCAGUCAUUCACAGCUGCGAGUGCACCAGCUGCCAGGGUGGGUAA